AUGCGGCGGUCACUUGAAACAGCAUAUUUCUGGAAUCUGUAUGCAUUACUCGUUGCUUGGAAGGUCAUCAAUCCAAUUCAUCAGCUAAUCACGCUGGCUCAGGAAUUUCAGCAAACUUACUCGAUGAAUCCUCAGAGGAAGAAGAGGCUCUUCGGAUUUCUAGGCCGAAGCCGCUCAAACCCGCAUCUGCCAGAGAGAAGACCCAGUGAAAUCGAGACGUCUUCCCUCCCGCCUUCACAGGAUGAAUCUCGCAGAGGACCUCCAGGGCCGGUUUGCAAGUUCUUCCGCAAGGUCAUUAAGGGCCAUCCUGCUUCAAGCACUCAAAAAUUGCCACACCCUGAACCCGCAGCUGCAGGUUCCAGCAUACAACCUGUCCCACCCUCUCAAACAACUCAGGAUUCUUCACUCAUAGUUCCCGCUCCAAACCAGGCUUCCGAUUCACGCGCUGCAGACCUCAAACACCUUGAUCCAACGUCUAUGAAGGAAAUACUCACCGACGCCGCCAGGGGUCUGGGGGGCAUGAAUAAUAUCUCAGGAACGACCCAAAAUAUAGCCUCAACAUCCAACAUACUACAAACUGUUCCUGGCGCGAUCGACACGUUAUCCGGAAUUCUUGGACCGUUGAAGACGUUCAAUUCCAUUGCUAACGGACUUGCAGAUGUACAGGCGCCUAUCUAUAUUUUGUCCAUCCCUAUGUUCAGGCGGUUAUUAAGAAUGCGGCAGAUGAUUCUUGAUCAGGCAGUCCGUGAUGACGCUGUUGACCGUCUGCUCAAGAAGAUAUCAGAAGUCUACGAAUUACUGAUGGAAGGAGAGCAAUUAGCCAGUAUCGCAUCCAAGCUAGAGAUAUGUACAAAAAUCGCGCUACAAAUGCGAGAGUCCGCCAACUUCAUCGUCCGUUACUCGGAGGUCAAGAGUUUCUGGACAAGAUUGCGCAAACAGAUCUUCGACGAAACAGAGGCCACGAUCCAAAGGCACAGCGAGGUUCUCGAUAAUCUCAUGCAGCAGUUCUGA